AUGGGUACUUCGUCUAAGAACAGUACUGACAAUUUAGAUUUAGAAUAUGCUGUAGCAGGAGCUGUUAGUGGCUUUGUAACACGAUUUGCUUGUCAACCAUUAGAUGUUGUAAAAAUUAGAUUUCAGUUACAAGUCGAACCUAUUGCUAACCAUCAUGUUAGUAAAUAUCGUUCUUUACUGCAAGCAUUUUACUUAAUAUUUAAAGAAGAAGGUAUUUCAGCUUUUUGGAAAGGACAUGUGUCUGCCCAAUUAUUGUCAGUUAUAUAUGGGAUGAGUCAGUUCUAUUCAUAUAAUGUGCUCAUGCAUGAGUUUCAUAAUUUCCCAUUACUAAAUGAAUGGAGAUAUUCAACAAAGUUUAUAGCUGGUGCAGGUGCUGGUUUUAUAGCUACAACAGUAUCAUUUCCUUUUGAUACUAUAAGAACCAGAUUAUUGUAUAAUACGACAUGAAUCUCCAAAGGCUUUUUUUUAUGGAUUAUUACCAACUUUAUUGCAAAUUGUACCACAUACAGGUUUGCAAUUUGCAUUUUAUGCAUUUUUCACUGAUAUGUAUAAGAAAUAUUACAAUGAAGCUGAUAUUAAGUUUUCUAAUUCUAUGAUUUCUGGUAGCGCAGCUGGCUUAUUAGCUAAAACUAUAAUAUAUCCUUUUGAUCUUAGUAGAAAAAGAUUACAAAUACAAGGCUUUCAAAAUGGUAGAAAAAGUUUCGGUACUUUUUUCAAGUGUAAUGGACUUAUAGAUUGCUUAAAAUUAACCGUUAAAAAAGAAGGAGUAAAAGGAUUAUUUAAAGGUUUAGCACCAAGUCAAUUGAAAGCUAGUGUAACAACAGCAUUACAUUUUACAAUGUAUGAGCAAAGCUUAGUAGCGUUGAAAGUAUUGAGAUUAUAUAUUUCAGAAUAG